GCCUCGCCAUGUCCCAGCCCGCGGGGAGGAUGCAUUGCCGAAAGGCGGGGAUCCGCGCCGCCGUGGUGCUCAUCGGACUCCUGCACAAAUCCCGAAAACAGAGUAAAGAGAAAAGGAAGCAGGAGCUGGCCAACAGCUCGGAUGUGACCCUCCCAGACCGGCCGCUGUCCCCUCCUCUCACUGCGCCUCCCACCAUGAAGUCAGCGGAGUUCUUUGAGAUGCUGGAGAAAAUGCAGGGGAUCAAGCUUGAAGAGCAGAAGCCGGGACCCCAGAAGAACAAGGACGACUACAUUCCGUACCCCAGCAUCGACGAGGUGGUGGAGAAGGGAGGCCCAUACCCCAUGAUCGUCCUGCCCCAGUUUGGGGGCUAUUGGAUUGAGGACCCUGAGAACGUGAGCACGCCGACCUCCCUGGGCAGCAGCAUCUGUGAGGAGGAGGAAGAGGACAACCUCAGCCCCAGCACAUUUGGCUACAAGCUCGAGUGCAAGGGUGAAGCCAGGGCCUACCGCAGGCACUUCCUGGGGAAGGAUCAUCUAAACUUCUACUGUACCGGCAGCAGUCUGGGGAACUUGCUCUUGUCCAUCAAGUGUGAGGAGACGGAUGGUAUUGAGUACCUUCGGAUCAUUCUCAGGUCCAAAGUGAAGACAGUACAUGAGCGGAUCCCCUUGGCCGGACUGAGCAAGUUGCCCAGCGUCCCUCAGAUUGCGAAGGCGUUCUGUGACGACGCAGUGGGGCUGAAAUUCAACCCUGUCCUGUACCCCAAGGCCUCCCAAAUGAUCGUGUCCUACGAUGAGCAUGACGUCAACAACACCUUCAAAUUUGGGGUCAUUUAUCAAAAAGCCAGGCAGACCCUGGAGGAGGAGCUGUUUGGGAACAGUGAGGAGAGCCCAGCUUUCAAGGAGUUCUUAGAUCUGCUGGGAGACACCAUCACGCUGCAGGACUUCAAAGGUUUCCGAGGAGGCCUGGAUGUGACCCAUGGACAGACGGGGGUGGAAUCAGUGUACACGAUAUUCCGGGACAGGGAGAUCAUGUUUCACGUCUCCACAAAGCUGCCGUUUACCGAGGGAGACACCCAGCAGCUCCAGAGAAAGAGACACAUUGGGAAUGACAUUGUGGCCAUCAUCUUCCAAGAAGAAAACACACCGUUUGUCCCGGAUAUGAUUGCCUCCAACUUCUUACAUGCCUACAUUGUUGUGCAGGCUGAGAACGAGGGCACAGAGACCCCAUCCUACAAGGUCGCAGUCACCGCACGGGAAGACGUGCCGGCCUUCGGCCCACCUCUGCCCAGCCCCCCUGUUUUCCAGAAGGGCCCGGAGUUCAGGGAGUUUCUCCUCACCAAGCUCACCAAUGCAGAGAAUGCUUGCUGCAAGUCAGACAAAUUUGCGAAGCUGGAGGACCGGACGAGGGCCGCCCUCCUGGACAACCUUCACGAUGAACUCCACGCCCACACUCAGGCCAUGCUGGGACUGGGCCCAGAAGAGGACAAGUUUGAGAACGGGGGCCAUGGGGGAUUCUUGGAGUCUUUUAAGAGGGCCAUCCGUGUGCGCAGCCACUCCAUGGAGACCAUGGUGAGCAGCCAGAAGAAGCAGCAUGGCGGGGGCAUCCCCGGCAGCCUCAGCGGGGGCAUCUCCCAUAACAGCGUGGAGGUCACCAAGACUACCUUCUCGCCUCCGGUGGCAGUGGCAACAGCGAAGAACCAGUCACGGAGCCCCAUCAAGCGGAGGUCGGGGCUCUUCCCCCGUCUGCACACGGGCUCUGAAGGCCAAGGGGACAGCCGGACACGAUGCGACAGUGCAUCCAGCAACCCGAAGACCCCAGAGGGCGGACACUCUUCUCAGGAGAUAAAGUCUGAGACCUCAUCCAAUCCCAGCUCUCCGGAAAUCUGCCCCAGCAAGGAGAAGCCCUUCAUAAAGUUGAAGGAGAAUGGCCGAGCCAACAUCUCCCGCUCCUCCUCCAGCACAAGCAGCUUCAGCAGCACGGCAGGGGAGGGCGAGGUCAUGGAGGAGUGUGACAGUGGGAGCAGCCAGCCGUCCACAACCUCUCCCUUCAAGCAGGAGGUGUUUGUCUACAGCCCGUCCCCAAGCAGCGAGAGCCCCAGCCUGGGGGCAGCCGCCACCCCCAUCAUCAUGAGCCGGAGUCCGACAGAUGUCAAAAGCAGAAACUCCCCGAGGUCAAACCUGAAAUUCCGCUUUGAUAAGCUCAGCCAUGCCAGCUCCAGUGCGGGUCACUAAUGUGAAAGAGGAGUCCUUCGCUUGUCAAAGGGAAGCCCGAUUCUGUCUUGGAGAAGGCUCCUAUUCCAGCAGUUUGGGGGUGCCGUCCACUACUCUGAGCGUCACAGGCCUGCAUCUCCACUGGCCACCUGCCCACCAGACCAGCUGUCUGUCCCAGUGUCCUGACCUGGCCACAGUCCUGCCCAUCCCUGCCAGUGCCUCCCCCUGUCUGGACAAGGCCUCUUUCCUCCAGGCCCCCCUGCUCCUGACCGCCUGAUGUGAUGUGUGUCUGGGUCAUUUGUCAUCUUGUUUUGUCUGCAGGGGAGCGAGUUGGGCAAGGGGGGAUCUGGGUACCAGUCAGAGUCCAGAGAAGUAUAGAGAGUGGUGAGGUGGGCAGCAGAGGCUGACAGCAGGUUGCUGCGCCCAGGCAGGGGCAGCACCAUGUCCUGGACAUGGCAGGGAGGGGGCUGUAGCCACAGCAAAUGCAUUUAGUGGUGGUGGAGGGACCAUUUUUCCAGGAACCCAGAUUUGUAGCCAUCCUCGAAGGUGUCCUGCUAGAAGUCGGUUCUGCCGCUCCCACACGCCUGGAGCUCCCAAACAUCUCUUUCCUUCUGUGCUGGGAGUUUCUUAUCCAUCUGCUGACGUCAGGCCCAGGUUGCCUCUGUCCCUGCUGCCUGUGUAUCUUGAGCCACGAGGCCGGUUGAAGCUGAGACCCGGCUGCGGGUAAGCGGGAGCGGGCGCCGGGUUCUUCCUGGACGUCCUCAUUUCCCACAGGCUCCUGAUGUGGUGGCGGUGGGAGAAGCCAUCAGUCUUUCCCCUCUGAGCAGACGCUUCUCCCUUGAAGGGGUGGGCAAUGGGAGUGGGAAGGCAUUCAGGGAGAGCCAGCAGCAGGUCCUGGGCACUUGGCCGAGGAAAACCUCAGGGCCCAGGCCUAGGCCGGGAUCCAAGUCUCUGCUGGUGGUGGAGGUUCGUGGGAGAUGUAGAGAGUUACUUCAGCCCACCCACUUAGGUGGGAGCCCGAGAGAGGGGUAGGUGGGCCCCCUAAGAAACAGACCUGAGAAGUGGCCUUUACCCUCUCUUUGCUAAUGGGGGUGCUCUGGGCAGGAUCUGAAAUGUGAGGGGCAACUGGUCAGGUUGGUUGGUGCUCUGGGGGGGCUUCUCUCCAGCUACCAAGCCUUUUGGUCCUGGCAGGGCUCAAUCCCUCCACCCCCCACCCCUAAGUCGUCCUCUUCCCCUCUCCAGCCACAGGGAGUCCGUAGGCGUUUGUCUCAUCGGUGGGAUUCCUGCAACUUGGGUCCCGGCUGGGUGCAGUUCAGACACUGCCUGUCACCUGCACCCCCAGCCAGAGCCACCUUUGCUGGGCUGAGCCAGCUUGCUCUCUGAGAAGCGGCCCCUCCUCCCUUCUCACCCAUCUGAGUCUGCAGUGCGGCAGGUCAUUUCUGCUGACUGGCCGUGGUGGGGUUUAAGGCAAGGUAUCCUCCAAAUUAAACAGAGUCUGAAGAGCAGACCCUUGCGGUGCUACAGCUCCAAGCGUGUAUGGGGCCUUAGUGACUCGGGGCUGCCAGGGUGACACAGGCUGGGCACCUGCUUUACUGAGCAGAGGACGAGGAUUUCCAACCAAAUGCUUUAUUUGCAUUGGGAUCUGGGCCUAUUCCCAAGGCAAGACAUAGAAAUGUUACGCUUGUUUUUGACUGAUGUGACCAUUUCCCUGUUGUUUUUGCUUUUAGAGCAAAACCUUGAUCCUCAUCCCCGACUCACGUGGACUUUGUGGGAUCCUAUUUACAGGCUGGGUGGACCUCUUCCCUCAUGCUAGAAAUGUGUUUGCUUAAAGUACUAGUCCGGUAAGAUUUAUUCUAGUUAGAAGGUCAACAAAUGUCUGUUUAGCUUUUAUUAAAAAUCCCUGUAGCGGCACCACUGCUAGGCCUGCAGAUUCUGGAGGCGUUCUGUUGGCUGGGUUUCUGAAGGAACUUGAAAGGUCAAACUGCAUUUCUUUAAAAACUGUUCCAGGUUCUGGCUCGCUUCUCUGGGUAGCUGGUAUUUACAGCUGCCUGGUGGUUGUGCUGUGCUGUGUUUGUCGUGGUCUGGGGGUCCUCUGGGGUUUUUAGGUUGUCUCCAUUCUGUCCGACUUGAGAACCUUACAGCCACCUUCCCCCACUGCCCUGGCUGCUCUCCCUGCAGGCCCCACCUCUUGGGAGGGCUUUGCCCCCUGCCUCUGAGCCAGUGGCCAGGAUGGCUGGGUGUGUCCAGAGAAGCUGAGAGGCGCAGGUUGGGCCCCCUAAGAAACAGACCUGAGAAGUGGCCUCGACCCUCUGUUUGCUAAUGGGGAUGCUCUGGGCAGGAUCUGAAAUGUCCCUCCCUCUGGGUCCUGCCUCACCACAUCUAGAAAGUUCAUUCUGGUCAUUUUGGCUUCCAGACCAGCCCCCGUGAAGUCCCAGGGCUGAGAGGCAGGGGGAGAACAAGGACAGGCCGGUCUCCCUUUGCCCCUCUGGACCAUGGGACAGGCAGCUUGGGUUCCCGGAGGCUGCUUUUCCAUCCCCCUCUUGCAUCUGCUUUGCUCCAAAAUGUCUUUCCUUUUAUUGCCCCAUCCAGUCUUGGGGCUCCAGGGUUGCUCAGGCCUCAUCAGACCUUGUGACUAGACUCAUCCGGAUGGCGCUCUUGCUGGUAUUUGAGGUGUCUCCUCAUAGGAGAAGUGUUUCCCGGACGUAGCUCUGGCUCUGGGACCUCCCUGACUCACGGAAGAAACUAUACUUUUCAGGCUCUGUCGGGCAUCCGUGUGCCUCUGCUGAGUUGAUGCUUAAAAACAGAUGCAGAAAGAGCUAGAGGGAGAAGGUCUCAGCGAGAGUUUCUGUCUAUGCUAAUGAAGGGAAAUGGUGUUUGCGGCAAAAUAUUCUGUGGUCCAGCCUUGUCAGCUUCAUCUCCAUGUCCAAGCCUUCCGGGCCCCUUCUCAGCCUCUAAUCCAACCGUGUCACCUUCCAGAUGGGAAACUUCAGCUCCAGUGAAGGGAAAACAACUUGCUUGAGGUCACGUAGCCAGCUGGUGACAAAGCUGGGACGAGAACCCACAAGCAGGGCCCUUUCUUGGGCACCACCUAUGGGGUUGGUGGGACAAGUGACUGCAUUGACUGCAUUUGGAGAAAGCCAGUGAGCGGGCGCCUCGGCACUGGCCGUGAGGUGUCAGCAGCCAACGGUGCUGGUGGGCCUCAGUCUCUGUUCUUUUCAUCAGGAGGGAUGUUCCCUGGGAUUUUUUUAGGGAGAGCCAUGCGGUUUUGGCUGUGGCUUGGGCAAAGAAAACAAAGAGGAAAAGAGAUUCCCAGGGACUGUUCCUCAGUGACAUCGGUUCUUCAACCCUUGUCUGUAAUGGGAGUGGAGACCAGGGGAGAGAUGCAGUUAACCAAACCUCGCUUUCCCCUUUUUAAGUUCAGGAGAAAAGUGGUCAAAGAAAAAACUCUUUGACUCUCCCUGAUCCUUAAACAAAUGUGGUCAGUAAAAACCUAGGCUCAAGGGCCGAGAGCCGGUUUCAUGUUCCUACCCUAACUGUUUAAGGUGCCAACUCAAACACUACCUUCAUUCAAUUCUGAGUCAACAGAGACAGGUCUGUUGCGGGGGAAUGAUCAGGGUUCAAGUAGAUCUUAUGGCUACCCGUGGCCAGCAGGGACUCCACAGUUCCUCCCCCAGACACCAGGUACCCCUCUCUCAGAGGCAGGGUGAGUCAGCAGUUUGCCAGGGCUGUCCCUGCAGCCUGGGGGCCCGGCUGGGACAUGUUGCUAGCCUCUGAUGGCUGUUUUGCCGCCAGCUCCUUACCCACUGCCAUCCCACAGCUCCCUCCUUUCAGCUUUGGGAGAAAGGAGACAGCCCCCACUAAGGCCAAGGACAGAAGAGCCCUGCCUGGUGAGAGACUCCUGGGGGCAGGGGCACUGUCCUGGGCCUUAUCAGCCCCAGGGGGAGGCUGUCUGGCUGGAAGACUGGAAUUUAAAUGCCAUCGUUUCUGCUUUUGCGACAUUUCUGCUUGGAAGUGUCUAUCGCCCCUUGCCGCUCCUUGGCAUGCGUGUCAGCUCUCCCCUGCCCCGGGCAUUGUCUUUCCACGCUCCAGCCUGGGUAGUGCUGUUGUUUAAGUGUGAAGAGAUUCCUCUGUGUGCUAGAACCCGCGAAGUGUAGCUUGGAAAUGAUGAUCCGUGUGAUGAUGACUUUUCUGUCUUUCCUCUUCGAGAGGAGGUGAUUCAUAGACCCCCCCCGACUGCGUAUGUAAUGUAAAUAGUGUACAUUUAAUUUAUUGCUAUGGUAGCACAUUGUAUUUGUUAAUGUAUAAAACAAAUUCUAAAAGGUUGACAAAUGUAUAUUUUGUUGCUUAAAUGUGUCUUUGCAGAAAUUGACAAUAAAUAGGAUAUUUUGUGUC